AUGCCUUUCUUUCUUUUUUUUCUUUAUUUAUUAAUUUAUUUUUACGGACUGCCUUUUUUGUACCUUUCUUCCUUUCCUUAUUUAUUUCUUUAUUUAUUUCUACACGCUUUCUUUCUUUCUACAUCCUUCUUUUCUUUCUUUCUUUCUUUUUUCUUUUUUCGACACUUUCCCUUUCUUAAUAUCAUUUUUCUUUCUUUCUUCACGCUAGCUUUCUUUCUUUCCAUCUUUCCUUCAUUUCUUUCCUUCUUUUUACACACUGCCAUUCAUUCUUUCUUUCUAUACUUUCUUUUCUUUGUCUUUCAUCUUACACCUUUCUUUCUUUCUUUUUAUAAACUGCUUUUUUUGUACGUAUUUCUUUCUGCACCAUGCCUUUCUUUCUUUCUUUCUUUCUUUCUUUCUUUCUUUCUUUAUUUAUUUAUUUAUUUAUUUUUACACACUGCCUUUGUCUGUAUUUCUUUCUUUCUAAACCAUAUCUAUCUAUCUAUCUAUCUAUCUAUCUAUCUAUCUAUCUAUCUAUCUUUUUACACAUUGCCUUUCUUUGUAUGUAAUUCUUUCUCGACCAUGCCUAAUUUUCUUUCUUUCUUUCUUUCUUUCUUUCUUUCUUUCUUUCUUUCUUUCUUUCUUUCUAGACGCAAGCUUUCUUUCUUACUAUAUUUAUUUAUAUCUUUCUUUCUUUCUUUCUUUCUUUCUUUCUACCUACCUACCUACCUACCUACCUACCUACAUACAUACAUACAUACAUACAUACAUUUCCCCUUCUUUAUGUUGUUUAUUCUACCCGUUUCUUUCUUUCUUUCUUUCUUUCUUUCUUUUUUUCUUUUACCCCUUUCUUUCUUUCUACCCCUUUCUUUCUUUCUACCCUUUUCUUUCUUUUUUCCUUUCUUUCUUUCCUCUUCUUUAUGUCGUCUAUUCUACCCCGGUUCAUCUUUCUUUCUUUCUUUCUUUAUUUCUUUCUUUCUUUCUUUCUUUUUUUUUACCUACCUACAUACAUACAUACACUUUCCCUUUCUUUAUGUUGUUCAUUCUAACCCUUUCUUUCUUUCUUUCUUUAUGUCGUUCAUUCUACCCUUUUCUUUCCUUCUUUUUCUUUCUUUCCUCUUCUUUAUGUCAUAUAUUCUACCCUUUUUUCUUUCUUUCUUUCUUUCUUUCUUUUUUCUUUUUUCCUUCUUUCUUUUUUUCUUUCUUUUUUCCACGCCUAAAUACGGAUCAGUUAAUCCAUAUUAA